UUGAUGCUCUCCUGUUCAGAGAUCAAUUCCCUUCUAGUUAAUGCAUUCAGUGUCAUAGUUUGGCCGGACCGCACCCUAGAUGUUAUGGGACAAGAGGUGGGGUCUACCAUAGACGGGUCACCAGUCUGUUGCUGAGAGACAACUGUGCACACCUACAGCCAAUGAACCUGACAUGCAUGUCUUUGUGGCAUGCCUGUUCGUGGAGUUUCUGUAUCCAGUUUCUGUACAGUGCUGGUGUAUAAUAAUGGCAAAUUUUAGUUACGGAACAUGCUGUAAAUACUGACAGUGGGUAAAAGUAUUCGACAAACGAAUUCCCAUACGUCUGUAUGGGAAUGUUUAAUGAUUGUCCAAGUCGUGAUCCUGGAAACUUCAGCGAGUGGUCAGCAGCCAUGCAGCCUGUGUCCGGUGGGCGGCGGUAUAGAGACGCUAAGCUGCUUGUUAAGCAUCGUUGCUAAAGAAGACGCGAGGCGGGGAAGAAGAAAGAAACAGGACGUUGUGUUAAAUCUGUGAAUGUGUAGAUUGCUGAAGAUGAGUAAACCUCUUUAGUUUCUGUCCCGUCCCAAUUAUCAGACCGUGUGUCUGUUCGACAAACCGACUGAGAGUACAGACAGCUGAUCCUCCGCUGGGUUCACCAGGCUUUCUGAAGUUUCUCCAGUCAUCCACUCAUCAUGGUGGAGUACUACCAGGUUUUAGGAGUACGGAAGGAUGCGUCUGCAGAUGACAUAAAGAAAGCGUACAGAAAGCUGGCUCUGAGGUGGCACCCAGAUAAAAACCCAGAGAACAAAGAGGAGGCUGAGAAGAAGUUCAAGGAGUUGUCAGAGGCUUAUGAAGUCCUGUCUGAUGCAAACAAGAGGAGUAUAUAUGAUCGUUAUGGCAAAGAGGGCCUGACAGGGAGCAAUGGUGGAAGAGGGGCGCACUUCCACAAUGGAGAACAUUUCCAUGAACCUUUCACGUUCCGUAACCCAGAAGAUGUUUUCAGGGAAUUCUUUGGUGCGAGAGACCCAUUUGCAGACUUUUUUGGUGCAGAUCCAUUUAGUGAUGACUCAUUUUUUGGUAGUGGCCGGCGGCACCAAAACCGGGCGAGUCGUAGCCGGACAGGUGGCUCUUUUUUGGGGGGCUUUGGUUUCCCAGCCUUUGGUGCUGGCUUCUCCCCUUUUGACCCAGGCUUUGGUUCUUUUGGCUCCAUGAGCGCCGUGGGUCAUAUCGGUCACAUGGGUCACAUGACAACAAUGGGCAGUAUGGGAGGUGGCGGCUUCACCUCUUUCUCAUCAACCUCUUUUGGAGGAGGAGGUGGAGGAAGCAUGGGCAACUUUCGCUCUGUGUCUACCUCCACCAAGACCAUCAACGGCAGGAAGAUCACUACCAAAAGAAUUGUAGAGAACGGUCAGGAGAGAGUUGAGGUGGAAGAGGACGGCCGGCUACGCUCGUUAACCAUUAAUGGCAAAGAGCAGCUGCUGCGACUGGAACACAAGUGAAGACACGCGAACAUCCUCCACUGGAGAAGUGUUACCUCAGCACCGAGAUCCCAAUAAAACUUGAGCUCACAGUGGAAUAAACAAAGCAACAAAACAAUGUAAUAAUAGCUGUGUUUCAUUAGUUGGUUACUUAUGUUGUGCUGUUCCAUUCAUGUCCUUCCCCUGCUGACUCUCAUUUGUUAACCAACACUUUGACUCCAAGGGUUUUCUAUGCAUUUAGUUGUUGUCUAUGAAUCGAAGCCGUCCUUUAUUUUUGCUCAGGGUGGUGUUAUUUUUUAACGUUUGGGACCACAGUAUUGUUUUGAUGUUCUGAUAUGACCUUCCCCAUUUCAGUACUUUGAGCUUUGCGUCAUUCACAACGAGGCGUGACUUUGCUCUGUCAUCUGAAUCGAAAAAAAAAAUUCUUUUCAUUUUGAAAACGUGGGUAAAAAGUUUCUAUCCCAGCACCCCACGUUUAUUGCUUGCCUAACCGAUUCUUAAUAUUUAUUUAUUUUUAUUAAAAACCCAAUGCUGGUAGGAUGUGUUUUGCAAUUUUAUAUGUUCUAAUACCUGUGUGUUUCUGUUUAUUUAAUGAUGCAUGUAUACCUGUUGAUGUCAAGUCUUAAUGUCAAAGCUUUUGAUGGAAGGCGUUCCAUAAAUGACAAAUGAAUAUGGAAGGAAUUUUGUGUACUUUGUAAACCAAUAAAUCUUGAGUUUCAUCCUGUUUUCAGGAUGUU